AUGCACUUUUAAUCAAUAGUGCAUUCAUGUAAUCAACAAAAGAAAUGCGAAUUUAUUAGUGUACUCCAGUCUGAAAUAUAUACUAUAAUUCAUUUUUAUUCUCAUUUUUCAAUCUGUCUAUCCUAUACUGAUAAUGACAAAUACUCGAUUUAUUUUACUUAUCAUUGCAAUCCUCUGGUUGCAUGAAAUCUCGUUUGGAUACAUUUUAGUCUGUCGAAAAAUGGUCAAAAAAGGCAGUAGACCAGUUUAUGGAUAUUAUGGAGAUUGUCCUGAAUGUAAAUUAAUAUGUCGUGUGUUGACCGAUGAUAUGCGUCGACCUGAACAUUUUACAACAAAUACACGAAAAUUCUUAACUGCAGAAGAGAAAUUAAAGGAAAAGAUACGUAGAGCUGAUGCACCAAAAGGUUUAUAUGAUAAUCCUUACAAUCCAGGUUUGUGGAAACGUACCACAGCGAUAACUGCACCAUAUGCUAAAGAAUAAUAGUAAGCAUACCGAAGUAAUACCAAAGCUAUCACUGACACCAAUAAUAAUAAUGAUAAUAACAAUAAUUAUAACAUCAGGUGUAAAGAAUUGAGUCAAUGUGACUUCAACAGCUUCAAAAUAUUUGUACACUUUUAUGUUAUUCAUGUAAUCAAAAAAUAUAUUUAUAUUACUUCG